AUGACUGCCGCUACCCAAGCUCCUCAAAACUCCUACAACUUCCAAGCUACCGUUGACCAAGUUGGCCCCCAAAUUGUUGGCGGCCAGGGCGUUCAUAUCUCCAUCGAAAGGGAUGGCCAAGUCACCGACGGCAUCAUCGACGCUAUCACUGGUGCCGCUGUCGGUGCUUUGGGACACGCUGACGAGGAAGUUUAUGAGAUAAUCAAUAAGGCUGCCCGUCAAUCAACCUACUCAUACCCCUGCUUGGUCUCCAACAAGUCGUCAGAGGAAUUGGCGAAAUUCUAUAUCGACAAUUCUCCAAAGGGCGUCUUCUCCGCUGCCUUGUGGUGUACCUCCGGCUCAGAAAGUAACGAAAAUGCUCUGAGAUUGAUCCGUCAAUACUGGUUGGAGCGUGGUCGCCCAGAAAAGGUCAAGCUAAUUAGCAGAGAGAGUUCUUAUCACGGUUUCAGUUUGGGGGCUGUGUCUAUCUCUUGGAACCCAAGAACUGAACCUUACACACCAUACCUCAUGGACAGAGAAAAGAUUAACAUCAAGAUCCCUUGUGCUUAUAGCUACCGUUUCAAGAAGGAUGGCGAAACGGAAGAGGCCUAUGCUCAGCGCCUUAUUGAGCAAACCGAGAAAAUCAUCCUAGAAAACGAUCCUGACACCAUUGCUUCUCUAACCGUCGAAACACUGCCCGGUUCUUCCUUGGGUACUUGUCCACCACCAAAGGGCUACUUGAAGGGAUUAAGAGACUUGUGCAACAAGUACGACUUGAUUUACCACUUAGACGAAGUUAUGUGUGGUACCGGUAGAAGCAACCCUAACGGUGCUUUCAAUUGUUGGGAAAACUUUUUGGACCCGGCUGACGCUCCAGACAUUCAAACUGUCGGUAAGACUCUAGGUUCUGGUUACGUUACCAUUGCUGGUAUUUUGAUUGGUCCAAAAAUCAGAGAUGCCUACCUCGAGGGCUCUAAGGCUAUUGGUGGCGGUCACACCUACUCUUCGCACGCUUUCAACUGUGCCGUCUCCUUGGGAAUCAUGCAAAAGUUGAAGAGAGAUAACUUGACCGCCAACAUCUUUGAAAAGGGUAACCUAAUGGGACAAAAGCUAAAGAGCAUCUUUCUAUCUGAAUCCAACAUUGUUGGCGAUGUGAGAGGAAUCGGUGGCUUCUGGUCUAUUGAAUUUGUCAAAGACAGAGCUACCAAGGAGCCGUUCGACUUGUCUUUGAACCUUGCUCCUCGCAUCAAGGCGAUUGCUUUCCAAAACAAGGUAAACAUCAUGGCCAUGCCAGGAAACCCAGACGGGAGCUGCGGUGACCGUAUUUUGCUAGCGCCUUCCUUUGUCAUCACUGAGCAAAAUGUCGACGAGAUCGUCGAAAAGGUGGUCAAGUCGGUCAACCAGUUGACCGAGGAAUUGCGCGCCGAGGGUGCCUUCCAAUUUUAA